AGCCAGCUAUCAGCAUGCCAUUAUUUAAAUGUUUAAGCUCGAAUUGGUCUGGACUGUUCUCCUCGGAACCCCUUUGCGCACCUGGGUACGGUUCAGGUGCCGAACCUGAGCUUAGGCUAAAUGAUAUUGCGAUGACGGUCUUACCUUGGAUAUCCUUCCACCCAUUCCGCACCCGACGUAGUAACACGGAAGCUUUACUACAUGCUACACAAGCUCAUCCGCCGGAAGACUUGCCCGUGUCCCUGAUGGAUGGAUCUGAGGGAGAAGCAAUCAUUGCUAGAAUAAAUACCACUCACCUCCAGCACUUUGGUAAUGUAACUUGAACAUCCUUGUGCUUAGCUUCCGAAGACCGUAUUCAGCCACGAUGUUGUUCCAACCCUUUACACUCGCGCUCCUCGCCACGCUCGCCUCGACUAGCCCCGUAUCCCCGCGGCAAUCCUCGGGACCGGGCACGACCCUGCAGCCGGGCUGGUACUGGAUCCGGGCGGUGGCGGCGCCCAACUUCCACAAGUACCUGCAGACGAAGCCGGCGGGGGGCGCGGCCGUGCUGGAGAGCUACAAGACGGCGGGGCAGUACAACGUCCGGAACGGGCAGCUGGUCGCGAACACGGGGGACGGGAACGCGCCGCUGUACCUGCACGUCGAGAGGCCGGCGGGGGACCUGGCGAGCCCGCCGCGCACGCUGGCGACCUCGUUCAACGCGACCGAGAACCCGUUCGGCUCCUUCGCCUUCCAGGGCGACGCCCUCGUCUGGAGCGUCCCCGGCCUCGACCGCCAGAACAAUGCCGCCUGGCUCGUCUGCCGCGGCCAGGCCCUGUUCGUGAAUACCGGCGCGUACGGGUACCAGACCCCGAGCGGGUGCUCGGAUCAGACUAUUCAUUAUUACAAUGACGCGCACGCAAACGAGUAGUAAUAUGAUGGGUACCUAAAUUUUGAAUUGAAUAGUGCAGGUAAUAUAUGUAUAUCAUUAUUAGGUUAUGGCUGAGUGAUGUAGAUUAUCAACAUCAAUACGUUCUGCUUGUAAUCAACAAUGUCGUGAGUCUAAGAUAUUUGAUGCUUGCAGGUUCCUUACCAACACUCGCGAAGCACAUCAACCACCCAAGUAUUAAAACGAGGGAGAAGGUGCCAAUGUAACCUGUGCGGCUCAACCAGGGGUACUGCUUGUAUUCUUAAAUAGCAUAUCUGAUGUGUAUCCUACAAGCCCAAUGCGUCGGAAAUU